UCCGCACCGGGAGCGCGGCACCUGCGUCACGCUGCGCUCGGUGUCCCCGGGCUGGAACCGCUCCCGCUCCCUGCCCUGCUUGUGCUCGCCACUAAACUUUUACAUGCUUCUAAACUUUUUUUUCCACUACCUUGUAUAUUUUCCUGUCCCUGCCAGGGCCCGAACCUGAUUAUAAACCAGCCCGACGAGCUGCUGGAGAGCAUGUCCGAGUGGUGCAAGGAGCAUCACGGGAAGUCUGGCCUUACUAAGGCUGUGAAGGAGAGUAAAAUCUCACUGCAGCAGGCAGAGUACGAGUUCCUGUCCUUCGUGCGGCAGCAGACACCCCCGGGGCUCUGUCCUCUCGCAGGUAACUCUGUUCAUGCAGAUAAGAAGUUCCUUGACAAAUACAUGCCGCAGUUCAUGAGGCACCUUCAUUACAGGAUCAUUGAUGUGAGCACUGUCAAGGAACUCUGCAGGCGCUGGUAUCCAGAGGAAUACGAGUUUGCACCAAAGAAAGCGGCUUCUCACAGAGCACUUGAUGACAUCAGGGAAAGCAUCAAAGAACUCCAGUUCUACAGAGACCACAUCUUCAAGAGGAAAACGGAUGAGAAGAAAAGGAAACUGAUUGAGAACGGGGAAAGUGAUAAAGCUGCCAGCUGAUUUCCCCUCCCGCCACACCAGCCCGUAGCACACACUAGAUGCGUCUCCUGGUUCUUUUUUGUUUGCCAGUCUCUUGGGAAGCUGCACCCUGGGUUACCUUGUUUCUUACCAGCUGUUCAAUGCAGACAGAAGCCUGAGUUACUGCUGCUUUUCAGUUUGGGCGGGAAUCAGCACGUUGGGCCUCAGCAGCGCCCGGGUUGGGAUGUUCUAAAACACGCUGUUUGAUACUCCCUGCACCUGGUUGUAGGUGCAGUCUUUCACAACACAAUAAAACAGUUGAAAGAUU